CUGUGUCCUGCUGGAGGCGCUGCUGCGCGCUGUGUUUCUGCUCGUCUCCUCCUCUUCCUCCUGCAGGGCCUUUCAAAUUCUCACUGACCAACCCAUUAUAACAGACAAUGUAGCACGCUGACCCGAGCACUCAGGAGAAAGACAGCACAUUCACAGCUUUAGCUCCGGUAUUAGACCCAAACAAAAACAGAACGGUUCAGCGUGAGCGCGAGCUCUGGAUCAAACUAAUGGACUUAUAGCCGAAUAACGGAGAGAGAGCGCGCGCGCAUCUGUGGUAUCGCCGGGAAAGGCUGAUGGAUGGAGCGAGGGACCAGUAUGAGGAACGAUUGAAAGAGGUGUUUGAAAGUUUUGAUGGCAGUGGUUUGGGCUCUCUGAGUCCUGAAGAACUGACCGAUCUCUGCCGGGCCCUUCAGCUGGAGGAGAACACGCUGAACACACUCUUACACGCACUGCUGCGGGACCAGAUCAGUGCACGGGUUGAUUUUGAACAGUUUAAGGAUGCUCUGAUCCUCGUGUUAUCAAGUACAAACACAGAUGAUCCAGAGGAAUGUCUUGAACAGCCAGAUUCCCCAGAAGUCCAGCCACGCUUUGUAAAGGGCAGUAAGCGCUAUGGCCGUCGCUCUGCUCCGGAGUUCAUUCACACGGACACUGAUUCACACACACAGGCUGAAGAUGAGGAGGAGAAGGAUGAAGAUGCUCAAGAGAACGAUGACAGGACUGUACCCAGGAAACGUGAGCGCUGGAACGCUGACAUGAGCAUUUCUGAAGAGUUUGAAGCAGAAGGUCAGAUGCACCUCUGGAACCCUGAUGAGCCCAGCACACCACGAGGCAAUGCACUGCCACUCUGUGACUUAGAGGAGCGGUUGCAGGAUGCCUGCCAUCAGCUCUCUCUACCCAUAAACGGCAUGGCCACACUGCAACAGCUACACGCACUCUGUCAGCACAUAGGCAUUGAGGUGGGUGAGGAUCUGUUGCAGGGUGCUGAUGAAAGCGUAAUGGAUGUGCAGGAGUUCAUUUCAUGCAUAAUAAACCACAGCAAACCACCCACACCAUCAGUAUCUACACCCUACAGACAAUUAAAGAGACACCAUUCCACUCAGUUUGACGAGUCGGGCCGAAGGAUCUCAUGUGCUUUGAGCAGUACAAUCGGUCUGCAGGUGUUUUCAGAUUUGGAUGAUGGAUCGGGACAUGCACCCGUGGAAACUCUGCUUUACAGGUGGAUGGAAGAGGGAGUGGACAAUAGCUCAGAGAUCCUACAGGCUCUGGAUUUUAAUCUGGAAGGUAAAGUGAAUCUGUCUGAGCUGACCGUUGCUCUAGAGAAUGAGCUGCUGAACACUAAGAACUCAAUCCACCAAGCGGCGCUAGUGAGCUUUAAGGCAGAAAUCAGACAUCUGCUUGAGUGUGUUGACCUGGAAAGGCGUGAGAAGGAGAGGAUUCGCUUUGAUCUGGACAAAGCAGAGAAACUGAAAUCUCAGCUGGCGUCUGAAGUGGAUGACCACCAUGCUGCCAUUGAACGCAAUAAUGAACUCAACCUUCGGAAAUUGGAGCAGGAAUAUAAAGAGAGUAUGACUGCUCUGAGGGCAGAGCUAAGUAGAGAGGUGGAGCUUGUGCAGCAGCAGGCCAAUCAGCAACGAGAAGAGCUUGAACAGGAAAUUGGCAAGAUGAAAGAUGAUGAAGCCUUCCUACGAGAACACCUAACUCUCACCAUUAAAGAAAAUGGUCGCCUGGAGUCAGAGCUUAUUGAGACCACAGAAAAACUGGUAGAGGCUGAAAACCAGCUGAACAAAGUGCAGAAAAAUCUGGAUGGUGUUAUGAAAGAGAAGUUUGGUGAUUUGGAUCCAGACAGUGCAGAGUUUUACCUACAGGAGGACCGUCUCCGACAGCUGCGCAGGAACUAUGAGGAGCAGUGCAGGGAGCUGCAGGAUCGUAUAGAUGAACUGGAAGCUCAGCUGGAGGAAUAUCAGACUUCGGGUCACACACCCUCAACACGUCCCGGACUAAGUCUGUCUGAUGAACUGGCCAGCAAGAGUCCAGACCCAGGUUCUCAAGAACGGCAGCCAUUAAACAUGAGUCUAGAGACAGAGAUGUUACUGGAGCAGCACCAACAAGAGAUGGAAAACAUCAGGGCAUUGAUUAAUGAAGAAAAACGUAGUGCAGAAGAGGAGAGAAGUCGUCUCUCCCUGCAGCACCAACAGGAGGUGCAGGUUUUGAGGGAAGAGAUGGCAAGAGAACUAGAGAGAGCGAAUAGAUUGGAGCAGGAAAUUUCUGCCCUCCAAACUCUCCACCAGCAGGAGCUUCACUCUCUCACGCAGGAGGCGCAGGAAGCCAGAAGCCGUGCAGACCAGCUGGAAGCGAAGGUGCAAGUUCUGGAGGAGAAACAGACUGCCCAUGAGGAGCAGAGCAGAGUGCAUGCUGAGGAGAUGAGUUUGAGGGAGUUGAAGCACCAAGAGGUGCUGGAGGCAAGUCUGCAGGAGCAGAGAGAGAGAUUGCUAGAAGAGAAGGAAAAGGAGGAGAAGAGGCUCAUGGAACAGUGGAAACAAGAGCAGAAGAGCUAUGAGGAGGUGCUAAGUGCUCAGCUUGAGGAGAUGCAGCAGAGAACUGAACAAGAGUGUGUUGAGCUGGAAAAGAGGCUCAGGGAGGAGUGGGAAGGAGAGAGGCAGGAGCUAGAGGAGAGCAGUAAGGAGGCAUUUCAGGCUGUGCUGGAUGAGAGAGAACGGAAGCUCAAGGAGGACUGGGAAAGGGAGAAGCAGGAGCUAGAGGAGAUCAGUAAGGAGACGCUGCAGGCCGUGCUGGAGGAGAGGUUGGAGAGGGAAAGGAGGCUCAGGCAGCAGUGGGAUGAGGAGCGGGCUUCAUUAGAGAACGAACAUCACGCUCUGCUACUACAGCGUUUGCAGGAAGAGAGGGAACACCUCCGAACACAGCAGGAGGAGACCGAUAGCAUUAUAAUUGAGCACUGGGGUAGAGAGAGGGCUCAGCUGGAGAAACAACAUGAGGAGGCGCUGCAGGCCUGUUUGGAGCAGGAGAGAAAGAGACUGCAAGUGGAGAGAGAGGAGCAGGAGAGGAGGUGGCAGCAGGUGCUGAAUGAAGAGCAGAGCCGGAUGGAGGAGGCUCACAGGGAGGCCAUGCAGGAGCUGUGUGCCAAACACGGCGAGGAGAGGGAAAGACUUGGCAUCCUUUUGGAGAAACUACGCACAGACAUUGCAGAACAGAGGAGUGAGCUGGAGACAGAAUUCUCUCAGCGACUUGAAGAGGUGGAGGUCCGUAUCUAUGGUGACCAGGAGGCAGUGUCUGAGCGUUUUCAGGUGGAUGUACAUAAACUUGAGCAACAUUACCAAAGUGAAAUUGCAGCACUUGCCCAACAGCAUGCUGCAGAUCAUGCCUCCUGGGAAGAGGAGUCAAAGGCAGUCACCGAGGAGGCGGAGCAAAAGUGGAAGCUGUUGAGGGAGGCGCUGGACCUAGAGAGGGAGGAGCUCAAAACGGAGCGUCAAUGCCUUGAACUUGCACACGCACAAGAUAUUAAAGCUCUGACAGACAAGAACCUACAACUUCAGGCCGAAUUGGAGGCUUUUGUCAGUGCUGCUCGAACUAAAGAGAUUGAGCUGAGCCGUCAACUCAAUGAGCUGCACAACCAUGUGCAGGACAGGAUGGAGGCCAAAGACCUGCUGCUGGCACAAGCAGAGCAGAAAGCCACUGAGCUGGAAGAGAUGCUGAAGCAGGCCGUGGAUGACUUCAUCCAGGAGCGAGUAGAGAUGCAAAGGAGUCUGUCUGCUUUGGAGAGCAGGCGAGGGGAAGUACUUUCUUUCACUGAGAGCAUGGAGCUGAUAGGCACAAUCCAAGAGGGUGAGGAGGUCCUCGAUCGGGAAUUAAAGGAUGAGAGAAAGGCUCUGCUUGCAGAGAGAGACACAUUGGCAUUGAGAGUGGUGCAGUUGGAAGGAAUUGUGUUGCAGUUGACCGGAAACACUGAAGAACAUUCGGCAGAACCGUUGGGGGAACCUUGCAUAGAGUCUAAUGUAGAAAUCCACGCAGAGCCCAAUGGAGACAACUGUGAAGAAACUUCCAAAGAAUCCACAGUACAACCCUUUGUUGAAUUCAACCAAGACUCCUGCACAAAAUCUACUGAUGAUGUCAGUCCAAAGCACCUGAUAUGUGAGGAGUCUUUUGUAAACCGAGAUGAUGAAGAGGAAGCAGGCAUAAUGGAUAAAGCUACUAACUCUGAGCAUGGUGAUCCACAAAAACACAGAUACCCAGAGAUUGGAGUUACAAACUAUAUAACUUCGAAUUCUUGUCCUGAUGAAUUAGACAUUGCUGAUGUAGAAUCUAACAAUAGUGGAGCAGAAACCCCUGAUUGUGCCUGUCUUAAAGAAGAGAAAGAAAAGACUGAGGAGAAUCAUAGUAAUCCUAGAGUGGAUGGUUCUGAAGAUGCAUUGUUGAGCGAAGAGGUGCAGAAUGCUGAGAGGAAUAGUGCAGAGUCUCAAAGAGAUGAGACUUUGGAGAUUGCUGAGGAGGAUAUUUUGAAUGGCACAGAAUUAGAAGCUCAAAUCUUGGUUGAGAAUGAAGCUUCCGAUAACCAGGAAAGCUUGCAACAUCAUGAAUCUCCAAGCACAGAUGACACACAGAUCAAAUACAAUUGUAAACCACUUGAACCUGAGACUGAAGACAAUCCAGAGGUUGGUAACAGCAUUGCAAGUCUUGAGAAUGAAAUCAGGGCUUUUGCAAAUGAGGUUUGUAGCCUAUCUACUGUUGACAGAGAACUGGACAAAGUUGCGGAUCUGAGAGAUGUGUGCAUUCAGGAGAUCCUGGAUCUUCAAGACACAGUGAUGCAGUACAGCAAAGGUGCAGAAGGAACUAGCUCUAAGUUGCAGAGCCCUAAACAGCAGGAUCUGGAUAAAGAGAAUAUCACACAUCAAGUACCAAAUCAUUUUGACCAAAUGGCAGCCUCAAUCAAAGAUGUGCAACUUGCCAAGCUAAAGGUCUGCUUUGAGCAAAGCAUCGAAGAGAACUUGCUGCUUGUGGAGUGCAACAGAAAACUGAAAAAGAGAGUCAAAAGUCUGGAGGGUAAGAUGCAUGUAGUCCUGGACCUCCACAAGCAGCAGUCACCCGUCCUGGAAGAGACCGUACGACUCAAAGUGGAGAAUUCCAAACUGAAGGUACUUCUCCAAGAACUUGAUAAACAGGCUAAGGUGCCGCAGUGGGACUCGGACUCUUCCGAUUCUUCAAACAACUCAUCCCACAACUCCCAGCUGAAAGAGAAUAUUGCUGCUGUAGCAGAGCUUGAAUUCUUCUGCAUGGAGUUUGAGAAGCAGAACUCACAACUACGGCAAGCACUUGCUAAUCUGCAGGACAAAUCUCUGAGGAUCCAUGAGCAAAUGCAGGAGCGGAGGAGUGAAGUUUGUCGUCUGGCUAAAGAGAACUUCAUUCUGAGGCACAAAAUCUCAACAGUGAGGGAGGAUGACCUGAGAGAGAACCAGGACGAUAUGCGAUUACAACACAUGAAGCAAGGGAAGAGAUCGCUACAAGCUCUCAGGAGACAGCUCUCAGAGCCUCGUCGCCUGGGACAGCAGCUAGAGGAGGAGAAUUUAUUGCAGCAGAAUGCAGAUCAUGUGCUUCGACAUGCGCUCCAGGAAGUGAUGCGUCAACACGAUAGCUCAACCAAUGAGAAGAAUGGGUUUUGUGAUCGGGAGGAGAUUGUUUCCAGAACAGAAAAGGAACUGCUUAAAUCAGAACUCAAUCGGUGCAUAGAAAAGGUCAUGUCACUGGACUCCUCUCUACAGACACUCACUCAGCAGAACGCUCGUCUCAAAUCUGACCUACGCAUCACCCAACAAGAAAGAGAUGCUCUCAAACAGGAAGUGAUUUCUUUGCACAAACAAGUGCAAUAUGCCAAUGAGAAGUUGUUGGAGGUCUCUGUUGUGUCUGCUGGUCAGCAGCAGGGAAGGCGUGUGUGGGCGGAGCUUUCUGGGCUGAUGGAGGCGGAGCAUGCUUCACUAACUGACGAGAACCAACAACUCAAGCGACAGAUGAGCGAGAUGAGCUCAGAGCUGCAGACGUCAAAGGAGCAGAUCCACCAUCUGGAGGCAUUAAAUGUGAAACAGAGAGGACUCGUGAAAACUGCAGAUCAAGAAAAAUCAGCUUUGAAACGUGAACUCGAGGCUCUGCACACACAGCUGCUAUCAACGCGGAACAAGGCUCAUCUGUCUGCAGUCUUGCCUUCAUCUCCUCUACAGUUGCCGGGGGAACAGAGAGGACAGCACCAUAGCGACGGCCCAGACUUCAACAUGCAGGAUGAGCGGGAGUUGGCGCUUUUACAGAUGGAGGAGAGAAUGAGAGAAGUAGAGCUCACGCUCAGAAACCUCAAACUGUUGCUGCAGGAGAAAGUGUCUCAGCUGAAAGAACAGUUGAUCAGGAACAGUGAAUCGGACGUGUUGAUCAAAGACCUGUACGUGGAGAACGCUCAACUGCUCAAAGUCUUGGAGAAGACAGAACAGCGUCAAAAAGUAGCAGAGAAGAAGAACUUCCUGCUAGAAGAGAAAAUUUCAAGCCUCAACAAGAUUGUCCGUGACCUCGGCCCUUCCCCUUUGACCCCCGCACCCUACCACUUUACACGCUCCUGAUUUUACUAUAUUACACAUAAUUUUAGUCAUACAAGAGAUUCCAAAUGGUCGAACUACAAUAAGGACAGGUAGUCCAUUUGACUUGUGCACUAUAUUCUAAGUCUCGGAAGCCAUAUGAAAGCUUUGUGUUACUGACACGAAAUUUAAAAGUAUUUAUUUACUGAAAAUUUUCCACUUUGCCAUACAACUAAAAUGUCUUUCCCAAUCAUUUUGAUGAACCAUCUUGAUUGUAGUCUUCACAAUAUUCCUAAUUUAAAGGAUUAGUUCACUUUCAAAUUAAAAUUUCCUGAUAAUUUAUUCACCCCCAUGUCAUCCAAGAUGUUCAUGUCUUUCUUUCUUCAGUCGA